GAAUAUGAGUAUGCCAUGCGCUGGAAGGCACUUAUUGAGAUGGAGAAGCAGCAGCAGGAUCAAGUGGACCGCAAUAUCAAGGAAGCUCGUGAGAAGCUAGAGAUGGAGAUGGAGGCUGCUCGCCAUGAGCACCAGGUUAUGCUGAUGAGGCAAGAUUUGAUGAGACGCCAAGAAGAACUUUGGAGAAUGGAAGAGCUGCAUAACCAAGAGGUCCAAAAACGAAAGCAACUGGAGCUCAGGCAGGAAGAGGAGCGUAGGCGCCGUGAAGAGGAAAUGCGGAGGCAACAAGAAGAGAUGAUGCGGCGGCAACAAGAAGAGAUGAUGCGGCGACAGCAGGAAGGAUUCAAGGGAACCUUCCCUGAUGCGAGAGAACAAGAGAUUCGGAUGGGCCAGAUGGCUAUGGGAGGUGCUAUGGGCAUAAACAACAGAGGCGCCAUGCCCCCUGCUCCUGUGCCGGCUGGUACCCCAGCUCCUCCAGGACCUGCUACUAUGAUGCCAGAUGGAACAUUGGGACUGACCCCACCAACAAGUGAACGCUUUGGCCAAGCUGCUACAAUGGAAGGAAUCGGGGCAAUUGGUGGAACCCCUCCUGCAUUCAACCGUGCAGCUCCUGGAGCUGAAUUUGCUCCAAAAAAACGUCGCCGAUACUAAUAAAGUUGCAGUGUCUAGUUUCCUGAAACCCUUAAAAGAAGGAACCCUUUUGGACUAGCCAGAAUUCUAACUUGAAAAAGUGUUAGGGAUUCCUCCCAAUAGUUAGGUCUUCCCUGCCUGGUACUACUCUAAGGGAGUAUGCUGGAGGCAGAGGGCAAGGGAGGGGUGAUAUUUAACGAAUCAGUUCUGUGUGGUAUAUUGUUUAAUCAAUUUCUGUGUGAUGCAUUCCUGAAAUUUCAAAUAUAAUUAAUUGUUGAAGGCCUGGGGCAACCAUGACAAUGGUUCCUUGGAGUCCUGUUAAUCUUGAUCAUUCCGGUUUUUUGUCCAUUGUGUUUUAUUUGCUUUCUACACCCCUCACUCCAGAGACACUGCCACAUAUACCACAAAAACCAAACAUCUCCAUCUCCCAGUGACCUUAGCCCCAUUGCUCCAUUUGCUCCCAGAUGAGGAUUCAGGCAAAUGUCCACAGAGGUCACAGACAGCUUAUGUGUGUUCUGUUAUAUCCCAUAUAUUAUCCUUUCAUGUAGUAAAGACAUUUUCUCUUAGAGAUUUUCAUUUUAGUAUAUCUUAAAAAAAUUCUUGUGUUAACUUGCCUCCAUGUUUUCCUUGGGUAAGAACGUCCUAGGAAUGACCCUUUUAUGUCCAUGAUGUUGCUCUUCACAGCUUUUCUUGAUAGGCUUAGUACAAUCUUGGGAACAGGGUUGCUGUAUGCUGAAGGUCUGACAGUAGCUCUUAGCCUUGCCUAUCUUAGAUAAGUAUGCUGUGCAUUUUUAUUGGUGUACCAUGUUUGAUUUAUCCCUGAUACCUUAAAUUUGGAGUUUUCUGAGAAAUGGAGUGGUAAUACAGCAUCAACUUAUUAAAGUACAUUUUAAGCC